CACAACUGAUAUUCCAAGUACCAUUGCAUCAGCUGGUGGUAUCAUGGGAGCCAUUCUUGCGUGGUUAUUUGGAUCCAGCAGUUUAGAUUCAUGGGGUAUUGCAAGAAGAAUUGCAGUAAUCUGUAGCGGUAUUUGGGUGAUAAUUUUAAUGAUUUUAGAUGUAAGAUGA